AUGGUUUACUUGUGGACCGUGGCAAGCUUUGUUGAUGAGUUGAUGAAUGAGGUUGACAUCUUAGAUGAGGAUGAUGAAGAGCAUGAUGAGGGGAAGGUUGAGGCAACUUCUGAGGCACAAAUGAGGAAGACCAUGUUUGAGAAAGUGGUGGUUGUUAAGAAAAAUAAGGAAACAUCUACGCCUAAGGAAGGCAUGGCUAUUGUUGCCUUUGAAGGGACUUUUAUUGGGAAAUUUCUAGUUGAAGUUCCAAUUGUUAAUGGGACUUCUUGGUUGAACUCUAGCACAAGCCAGAAGCCACGACAUGAAAAUAUAUUGGAUGUUGUAGUAGCAUAUGAGGAAAAGGAGACUGCAUUUUUGAUUGCAGCGAGAAACGGCAUUAUGGAAAUUGUGUUUGAACUUCAAACUAAAAUACCAAGUGUCAUCCAUGAAAAAACCUCUGAAAAUCAAAAUGUGUUGCAAGUGGCAGUGAAAAAUAGGCAACUCAGUGUAAUAGAGAUGUUGCGGAAGAACUUGGAUAAGGAAAUCCUUGGAAGCCUUAUUAUGGAGUUGGAUAACAUUGAAAACACAGUGUUACACUUGGCCGCAGAUACAACAAACAAUGAAAGAACUUGGCAAAUUGCUGGUACCGCCAUGCAAAUGAUGUUGGAUAUCAAGUGGUACGAGUACAUUAGAGAUCUGGUGCAAGAGAAUUUGGAUUUUAGAUUGAACUCAAAUAAGAAAAGUCGGUGGGAAGUGUUUGAGGAGAAACACGUGAAGAAAGUGAAAAAGUGUUCAGAGAGCUUGAAGGAUUUAUCGAACUCAUGUUCGGUGGUGGCGGGGCUGAUCGCCGGAGCUGCCUUCGGGACCUCGAGCUCCGUCCCCGGCGGCACCGAGAAGGGAAAACCCACAUUCAAAGAAGAACCUGCAUUCCAUGUGUUCAGCAUUGCCUCGCUUAUUGGGCUUUGUGCUCAACCACGAGUACAGGACCGCCUUGUUUCCUGUUUAUGCUGUUACUUGCUUACCCGUCACUUUCUAUGCGUUGCUCCAGAUUCCACUGUACGUUGA